GCGCAGGCGCAGUGCGGCGGCGGCUCGGCGAGGGGAAGGGCGAGUCGCCGCUGCCGGAGCGGGGGGGGAUUCGCGGGGCUCCGCGGCUCAGCCGCCGCCAUGGCGGGCGCGGCCCCGGCCCCGGCCCCGGCGGAGGAGGCGGCUUCGGGCGCGGCGGGCGAGCGGCCGCCCCUGUCGGCGGCGGCGCUGGCGAAGAUCGAGCGGAACCGGCAACGGGCGCUGGCACUGCGGCAGGCGCGGCUGGCGGCCCGGCCCUACCCUGCCGCAGGCGGCGUGCGGGCGCGGGCCCCCCCCAAGGUCGUGGACACGGGAGGGGGCUUCUUCCUGGAGGAGGAGGAGGAGGAGGAAGAGCCCGGCGCCGCCGAGAAGAUCGUGCAUCCCCCCGCACCUGUACUAGAAUUUGACUAUCUCAUCUGUGGAGACUGUGGCAAAGAAUUCAUGGAUUCCUACCUUAUGCAGCACUUUGAUUGGGCAACAUGUGAUAAUUGCAGAGAUGCUGAAGAUAAACAUAAGCUUAUAACAAGGACAGAAGCAAAGGAAGAGUAUCUUCUUAAAGACUGUGACUUAGACAAGAGGGAACCAGUGCUCAGGUUCAUUGUGAAGAAAAACCCUCAUAAUUCACGAUGGGGUGACAUGAAACUUUAUUUAAAACUACAGGUAAUCAAGCGUUCUCUUGAAGUUUGGGGUAGUGAAGAAUCAUUGCAAAAAGCAAAGGAACUCCGCCGUGACAGCAGAGAGAAGAUGAAACAGAAGAAGUUUGAUAAGAAAGUUAAAGAACUCCGCCGUGCUAUGAGGAGUAGUUUGUGGAAGAAAGAAGCUAGUAUUCAUGAACAUGAGUAUGGAGCAGAAGAAAACAUUGAUGAAGAUGUAUAUAAAAAGAUAUGUACUGUAUGUGGCCAUGAAUUAACUUAUGAGAAGAUGUAGUGUUAAUCUGUUAAAAGAUAACUUCAUUAUCUUCGAUACUUUGUAUUGAACUCAAAUAAAUGCUAAUCAUGAACAAA